GCCCAUAGCAACGCAUUCCAGCGCCGAGCAGUUGGCGUUUGGCGUACAAGCCUGACCCGCGCCGAGACACAAAACAAGAUACACACAACGAGUGCAGUGCGUGCGCGUGCAUCGUCCGCAAUACAAAGCUUGAAUGCGUGUGCCGCGAGUGCCGCGAACGCCAUACGCUGUUAUGACCGCCGACGCCGAGGAGCGACGCCGCGCGACCGGGGCGAACGCAGGUGCGAUGUGAUUCUGGUGCGCCGCGGUGUGCGAAAAUGGGACGAUCGAAGUUCCCCGGCAAGCCGUCCAAGCACGGCAACCGGACGCGCGUGAACGUGCUGGCGACGAACAGUGCGACGGGGCCGGCGCCCGCCGGAAUUGCCUCGGCCACGGCUGCCGCCGCUGCAGCUGCUGCGGGAGGAGCGGUAAGCACCAACGGCAAUGCGACCAAUCGGGCCACAGCCGCCGCGAGUGACAAUAAUCCAAGCGUGGUGGCCGUCGGCGUCGACGACGAGCUCGACGAAGAUGAGGAGCGGCAGCCAAUCAAUGACAACCUCAACAAAACAAGUGAAAAUCUCAAAACAUCCACAAAUGAAACAAUCGACAAACGUCCGACACGCGUAUGUCGAACGCGAACGCAAUUAUCAUCGAAUAAGAAAAAGAAAUGUUCGCCUGUCAAGAAGCGAGGACGACUUUUGGCGACAACCAGCCCCCACCCACGCCCUCUCACAAGAAGUCGAGUAACUCGCCGGACAUCAAUCAGCGGCGCGCAAUUGAAUCGCAGUUUACGCCGCGAGCGUUUAGAGCGAAAGGAGCGCGAAGUUGGUAAAUUUGUCCUUCCAAGUCGAAGCGUGCACUCUUCCAGGGUGAUAAAACCCAAUAAACGCUUCAUCAGCCUCGAGCAGGACACGCGUAUCAUACGAAAACGCGUCAAACGACAGUGUAACAUCAAUAAAACUGUCACUUUCGCUGACGAAGCCGAAAUUAUUAACAAUUCUGACGAUUUGAUAACGACAGAAGUUAAAAAAGUCGAUGGAAAGGCGAAUGACAGCCCGACGAGUUUAGCACACGGUAAAGUCUUGCUUAGGCAACCCAGAUUGCAGUUAAACUCGUCGAAAGUUUUUAGUACGAGUACCGAAGGACCUUUUUCGGUCUCCACGUCGUCUUCGCCGAGGACAAUCACUUGUGGAGUUUGCGGUGCCGUGAGAUUCUACCGCUUCGUGAAAAACGCGCGGAAGUUUAAUAUAUUUAGUUGUGAGUCCUGUAGAAAGUUUAUUUCGAAACUUAUAAAGCGGACGACGAUCACAAACACAACCGCGACGUUGAAUUGCCUUAAAGGACAAGGCUUGUGCCAUGUUCCGCCCAAUGUGCGCUCGCAGAUGCACAAAUUCAACCAGCAGUACAACAGUAGAUGUCCUGCCUGCUGGCUGAAGCUGUGCUUGCGGUCUUUUCAAAUCCCCAUGGCGUUGAAAACAAGUUUAACGCAGUUAUUGCCGAAGUAUAUGCAACCGAAUGAGACGAAUUCGCUGCCAUUGUUGUCGUGGCAGGCAACCACAUCUACACCAAACGGUGAGAAGGAGUUUGGUGCGAUUUCUUCCAGAAUAUCUCUGUCGCCAUUAGCUUCUACUUCUUCAUCUACUACAAGUAAUGUUGAGUGUACUUCACCACCGAGUACACCUCCAAGUACACAAAUUAAUACCAACUUGAGGCAACGUCCGGUGAGACUCAAACAAAACGUUAAAAAUGUCAAAUUACCGGAGAAGACACCAGCGCCACCUGUGGUGGAAAUAAAACGGGCGAAAGUUGAUAUGAAAGGACCGAGGGUGAAACAUGUUUGUAGAAGUGCUUCGAUUGUUUUGGGACAGUUGCCGGCGACUUUCCCGGUGGAUACCAGUAAUAACUCGUUGAAAAUCGAAGAAACUAAAGAAGAAUCCAAUAAAAUCGAGGAAAUUCGACAGAAAACAAAAGAAAAAGAUGUUAAAAUUGAAUUAUGUCAUGCAAUUGAUAAACCUGAAGAAGUCCAGUGUGUUAAUCAUGAUAUUCCCAAGGAAAUCAAUGAAAUAUUACCAGAGAAACCUGUUGUACCACCGCCUGUAAUAUUUGACGUUGAAAAGAAGCCGAAACAACCACAAUCACAGCAACCAGUGCCUAUUUCCAUGCUUCCAAUGGAGAUUACAAACCCGUCCUUUAAUAAGAAAUGUAAGAAGAUUACACAGUUGGAGAAUCCCAACCUGUUGAAUAUAGACUUUUGGGAGAAUUACGACCCGGACGAAGUCGUCUGCAAUGGCUAUGGUGUUAUAUCCACGGAGGCGUUUCCAAUGCGCGCGAUUUGCUUUCUUUGCGGUAGUGCGGGCAAAGAAACAUUGGUGCAUUGCUGCGUAUGUUGCGAACCGUAUCAUCCGUAUUGUCUGGAACAAGGCCCGCCGAAAUUUCAACGCCCCGAGCAGAGAUUUUCGUGGGUUUGUCCGAAAUGCACCAAGUGUAGUGCUUGCGGUGAAGCGGACAAGCAGAAAAUUCAUUGUCAAAAGUGUCACAAGGCGUAUCAUCCACAAUGUUUCAAUCAUAAGUGGAGAACUGAUGACAGACCAACUGUUUGUUCAAAUUGUCUACGAUGUAAAAGUUGUGGUACUGAUAAUAUUACAAAAUUCGUCGGGAAUUUAGCAUUGUGCUUAGCAUGUUUCAAACUUCGGAAUAAAGGAAACUUUUGUCCACUUUGUCAAUGCUGUUAUGACGACAAUGACUUCGAUACAAAGAUGAUGGAAUGCGGCAAGUGUAAUAAAUGGGUUCAUGCGAAAUGCGAAGGUCUCAGCGAUGAACACUACCAGAUCCUAAGUAUUUUACCCGAAUCAGUCGAAUUCAUUUGUUGUCUUUGCUGCACGGAUGCGACUCCGUUUUGGCGCAGCGCCGUCCAACAGGAACUGCGUUCCUGCCUCAACAAUAUUCUACGCCUGAUGAGUAAGAAUCGUAUUGCGCGUGAAGCGUUUAAACUCACUCCGCUCAAGGCAUCCACCCCGCAUGUGCACAUACACGGCCAUUUGCAAUCUGCGCGUCGGCUGCAGUUCGUCGACGCGAACAAUCCAACCAAUCAGGACGAAGUCGACGUCAUUGAAACCGAACUAGAACAAGACAACGCAACGACAUUUAAGAACAAAUUUGAUUUCGGCGAUAGUUUUAACACGAGCGCAUCGUUUCUGAAUGAUUCCAAACUUCCAAUAUCGCCGCGUAUGGUUGAAAUCAAAAACAAACUCAACUGUAAUGAAUAUUUUUCUUUGCACGAGUUUAAUGAAAGUAUGGAGUCCGCGCUGCAGUCAACAUCCGAUGGAAAACUUCUAGAAAUCUACCAUAGUAUACUCAAAAAUGUUCUACCGUGGUUUGAUCCUACCGUGAAAGAAGACCUGAACAAAACAACCGCAGAUCACGAAGGUAAGACGACGAAAAAUUUCGAUAACUUUGAAAUCGACGGAUAUCCCGACGAUUUCCAAAGUAUCGAAACAAUCGACACGCGAGUAUGCAACCUGUGUAAAGGCAUCGGUGAUGGCCUACCUGAACAAGAAGCUAGGUUAUUAUACUGCGGGCAGAAUGAGUGGAUUCACGCGAAUUGCGCUUUGUGGUCUUCCGAAGUCUACGAAGAGAUUGACGGCUCUUUGCAGAAUGUACAAAGCGCGAUUAUACGCGGCCGCUCGAUACGCUGCGCGCAAUGCAAACAGAAAGGCGCGUCGGUUGGCUGCUGUCUGAAAGGCUGCUAUCAGACUUAUCACUUUCCGUGCGCACAGAAAGCCAAUUGUCAUUUCAACGCGGACAGAACAAUGUACUGUCACGUGCAUGACCCAACUAAAGAUUUCAACGUUACGCUUAUUACGAAUCCGCAUGAUUUCGCCAUCAGACGAUCGGUGUACAUCGAAGUGGAUACAAAAAAGAAGAAGUUGGCUGAUCGCGAGAAAGUUCAUUAUAUGGUCGGCGCAUUAUCGGUUUUAUCAUUGGGUAAAGUCAUCCCGAGUAUUUCGGAUACAGUGGAUGCGAUUAUUCCGGUGGGGUUUGUCUGCUCGAGGUUAUUUUGGUCUACGAAUGAACCAUGGAAGUUGGUACCUUAUAAAAUAACAACUUCUGUGUUUAAUUCAUCUACGGAGACAUAUAUAGAUCGAAAUUUCACUGUGGAUCAUUCGCUACCGAAGAAUAUCGUUGAGAGAAAGUUAAAAGAAGUGAGUCUGUGGCAGAAAGAUGAUCGCGAACGUUCGGAUAUUUACGAGUUUGAAGAUUACGAAGAACCGCAGAAUGCAGGUGACAUUUUAUCCCCGGAAUUGACAGACGCCAUCCUGGAAGAACUCCCGCAUGAUUUGUUAGAGGGCCUGUCAAUGCAGGAUAUGCUCAAGGAGUACGAGGAACUCAUGAAUCUGGAAUUCAGGAAUGAGAUCAAUAGUAAUGAUAAUAUGAGUUUGAAUAUGAACGAAAAAGAUGAGCAAUUGACAGAUGCGAAGGAUAAGGAGACAUCAGUGAGUGUGAGAGAAUUAAAACGAUCAAAAUCGGAGGUUUUUCAGAAGAUUAAAGACCAGAACAGAUCUUGUAGUCUAGCGUAUCUUCACCUUGACAAUACACUAUCACCAGCUAUAAAGAAAAGGAAAAUUACAACACCUUCCUUCAUGCAGAUUGUACAAGUUGAUGGUGCUUGUGAUUCUGGUUCAGAAUGCGCAUCACCAACGCAUGAGGUGGAAGAUCCAUGGGCAGAAGACGGGAAUGUCAAAUGUGCGAAAUGUCGAUGCACAUAUCGCACCAAGAUUAGCUAUGAGCGCCAUCUGGAGAACUGCGACGCCGCCAUGUUUACCAGCGAGAGUGAGAAUGAAGAAGCGAGCGGAAUUACAACCGAAGAACAAUCAGUCAUCUAUGAAUCUUUUCAUUUCAAGGCAACAACAGCAACAGCGCAAAAUCAGAUAAAAUCAACUUCUACUGUCCUGAAUACAUUGAAUACUCAGACGAUACUUGAAGCGAAGACACAAACCGUACAAGGAGUACAAGAUUCCGGUGUGGUUUAUAACUAUCAUAGUCAUCAGGCGCAAGGUGUGAAACCCAACAUGGCGAAUAUAGUCACCAGUCAACAUGGCGUCGUGGACAAUGGUUUGUUACAAUGUAUUAUUCCUGUUGACAGUAUUCAAAACGGACAGGUGUUGGGGCAGUCGUUGAAUAUCGAACCGAUUCUGCAACCAGUUCAACAUCAACAACAGCAGGCACAAGCAUUACCUUUCGCGACUGCUCAAGAUGUAAAUUUUAUUAACCUAGAUCCGAAAUUAUUAGGCCCUGUUUUGAAUCUUCAACAGAAUCAGUUGCUGGUGCGUCCACAACACCAGCAACAGUUGAUUCAGAAACGCGUAGUACCAAAACCGCGCUCUGUUAUAUCAAAACGUCCGAUUGUCGCACCACAACAACGAGUUGUACAGGUUCUACCACAGAUUUCACAAAGUCAACCUGUUAUCUUACAACAAAUACCUUCGGGUAUUAAUACAGUGAAUGGUAUGAGUAUGAAUAUGUUGCCAUUCGUGGAUGCCAGCGGUUUUCAACAGAAUGCCAAUCAAAAUGUACAGUAUGUAGUCGCACCGCAUGUGAAUUCAGUACAAUCACAACCAACAACACAACUGGUGCAACUCCCGGAUAAUAACUUUCUUAGUUUGGUGCAGAAUGUUCCACAGAUGCAACCGACGAUGAUUAUUCCUCAGCGGGUCGAGACUGGUCAGAUUGUGAUUGAUAGUAAUGGGUCUAUGAUCUGGGCGCCUCCACAAAUGCAACCGGUGUAUUACGGUAUAGAAACUGUUCAAACAACAGUCAUGCAGAGUCAGCAUUUUCUCCCCACUGCGAUGCCUGGUAUGAUGACCACGAAUAGCAGUUAUUCAGCGACUACACAAGUAUUCCAGACUUCAAAGCUGGAGCCAUGUCUAGAUGGCGCGUAUGUUUUGGUUAAUCAGGUGAAUCAGAACCAGGUUGUGAAUAAUGUCCAGGUGCCACCACAGGUGCAACAAGUACAGCAGGUACAACCAUCUCAGAUACAGAUUCAGACAUCUUUGCCGAAUGUACAACAACUGCAGAAUUUACAAAUCAAAGCUGCGCCUAUCCAGCAACAUCAUGUUGCUACUCCGGUUACUAUACAACCACAACCACAACAGAUACAACAACAGAUUCCGGUUGGUAGUGUGGCGCCACCUUUACAACAACCGCAACAACAGAAGAUUACUAUUCCGAUAAAGGUUACCACGACGCCACAGCUUCAACAACAUCAACAACAGCAACAACCUGAAAUGAAAAAUUUGCAGGUCAUUACAACCUCUGCUGUAUCUUCAUCUGGUAAUCUCUUGGGUAAUAAUCUCAUUACAACAGCGCCUGUUAUGAAUUCACUGAAUUCCGCGACUACCAACUCGGCAAAUAGUACAAGUACCAAUAGUAUUACACUUCCGGUUGCGCCAUUCGUGCCUGAACAAGGUAUACCCACGAAUAUUGUCACACCUACACCCAAACCAAUCAUUCAGGUGCAACCUGCGCGGCCUAUGAGUAGAGUCCUGCCUAUGCAGACAUCAACUACGCAGAAGAAACCAGUGGAGCCUGUGCUGGAAAAGACUGAGAGUAAGAUUACGGUGAUUGGUGAGGUGAUUAUACCCAAACAUCAUCAUCAGAAGAUACCGCAGGCGCUUCCUAUAGAACCACAAUUAACUUACAAACUGGAAGUGAAACAGGUGAAUGUGGAUGAGCUCAAGAUGCGAUCGAAGGAGAAAGGUAGGGAUAUGCCGCUGUUGGCCAAGGUGCAUAAACUGGAACCGAACGAUAUUAAACUGUCACCGAAAAAGGUGGAGAUGAAGAAAAGCCCGCAGAAAAUUGAAGUUAAAAAAGUGGAGGUAAAAGAAGAUAAACCCGAAGUUCUGAAAGUAAAUAAAAUCCCGGUGGUACCUUUGCGACCUAUUAAACCUAAACAACCGCUGCUUCCACUACGUUCUGAACAGAACAAGGAGAAUAUUCUGUGUGAUUCCACCGUGCAUGAACCCAAAUACUCCUCGAAACGGCCUAAUACUACUUCGAUUUUCUUCAAAAUUGAAUCCACCGAUGGUUUUGAGUACACGGCGACAUCCCUGCCGCAAAUUUGGAGGAAAGUCUUCGCUGAAGUGCAAGCAGCACGCGCAUCUCACAAUCUACCACCAUUACCAGAUGUGGCGUUGAGGGCUUUCAAUGAUUUGGACAUUAUGGGAUUGAAAACGAAAGGUUUAAGGUUUUUAAUUGAACAAUUACCCGACGCUGUUAAAUGCAAACAGUACAAACCACUAUAUCAUAAACCUAAAGAUCCGUAUCAGUUCGAAGAUGAUGAUGAUGAAGACAGCGCCAGGAGAUGUGUAGCGUAUGAUAAUCAUCGAGAAAAGUAUGACAUGUUCGGGUGGUUGUCUUCCAAACAUAGAACUUUGGAGAUGUAUGAUCUCGACGCCAUUUUGAAGAAAAACGCCAGCAGUAGUUUACCAAUGGCGAUGCGAUUCAGAGCUCUCCGGGUGAUUUCCAAGUAUUCCGUUGGUGUUUAUAGAUCAGACAUUCACGGCCGCGGCUUGUUUUCCCUGCGAGAUAUUGAAUCAGCCGAAAUGGUUAUUGAAUAUGCUGGAGAGGUAAUUCGUUCAGUUUUAACUGAUAAACGUGAAAAAUACUACAAUACCAAAGGCAUCGGUUGCUACAUGUUCCGCAUUGACGAUAAUCUCGUCGUGGAUGCGACGAUGAAGGGCAACGCGGCGAGAUUCAUCAAUCAUUCAUGCGACCCAAAUUGUUACUCGAAAGUCGUUGAGAUCCUCGGCAACAAACACAUUAUCAUCUUCGCGCUGCGCAAGAUUAUCUGCGGCGAAGAACUCACCUACGACUACAAAUUCCCAUUCGAAGAGGAUAAAAUACCGUGCUCGUGCGGCACGCGCCGCUGCCGUAAAUUCCUCAACUGAUAUUCGCUUGAGUACGGUCUGUAUGACAUCACACAUUGCAUUUUCGACACGUUUUACAUUAAGUAUAUACAGAUACACGCGUUUUGUAUCGAUCGAUUGCUUUAACUACGCACUUAGUCUUAUUUAGUCGGCGCGCUUACAUAUGUUUGUCUUUAUUUUUACAAUUUACAAGGUAAUAUUGCUUAUUAUGCGAAUAGAUUAGUACUGUACAUAAGAGAUAUUUAUAAAUGACGCAAUUUUGCAAAACCAAGCAGGUAAUGAGAAUCAAAAGACGAAUGUUGAAACGAAGAUUACGACGAUAAUAAUUUGAUGCCGGUGGGGUAAAUGAGUGUGAAAUUAAGAAUUUAACUUAUUAGAUGUUAAUCAAUGCCGUAGGUUUAUUCUUAUUAAUAUUAUUAUAUACGAUUGUAUAGUGUACAAAGCGACGCAGAGUGGAGGGGGGAGGAGGAAGAGAGAAAGAAGAAGAAAUUCACACCUAUUUAUGCCAUAAAUUUGUUGUAUAGAUCUAAAAAAAUCGUGAAUUAAGUCAUAAGUAAGAGUCGCGCUUGCGGCGCGCAUGAUUGCACAAGUUAGCAUUAUUGACAUUAUUAAACGAAAACGAAAUUCAGUAUUUUGUUUACGGACUAGUUGUGUAAAAAGUUUUUUAAAAACGUGUUUGGCUGUGAACUUAAAAGCUAAAGUAAAAAAAUAAUAAUGACGAACAAGGAAAACAUUUGAGGUUAUAUUUAGAAAAAAGGCAGAGAAAACGAUAGAAAAAGAAAUAUGUUUGUGUGCGUGCCAUUUUGUGGCCUGGAUAGGUGUAGAUUGUAAUUAAUUCAUUAUCAUUGAUUCUGUAUCUGUAAGGCAUCCGACUCAACACACAUAUAAAUACACACACACACACCGCCGAUCCGAACCACUCAGGCUGCUGCUCACCUUUCUGUCCAGAUAUAUAUAUAGAUAUUGUGCAAGAUGAUGAAUUUGUGAUACGAUUUUUGUUCAAAACGAAAAAAACUACAACCGACAACUUGGCUUGAAUAUUUAUGUCAAACAUAGAGAUGAAAAAUUUAUUAAGAAAAUGAUUGUGAUAAAAAUGAAAAUUUCUAAAGAAUGCGUAACGAGAAACCAAAAUUAACGAAAUUUUUCGCAGAUGCUCUAUUUUUGUUUACUCGAAUAUUUCAAAGGUAUUUUAUAAUGUUAUGCGCGGCGAGCGGAGGAGGGGAGAUGAGUUUAGUAGUUAUUAAUAUUCGUACCAAGUGCUUCUACUCAUCCGUAAUACUUGUGUAAAUUGUAUUAUAAUUGUAAAAUGUAAUGAGAUUAAUUUUUAACGGCGAUUUUGAUCAAACCCACACCGUAACCGAGCACAUUUUGCUUUUCAAACACAGUUCAUCUUAUUCUGGUUGACAUUGAAAUGAAAAUGUGAUUAUAGCUUUAUAAUACAUAGAUUUAAAUAUGAUGAAUUGACAAUAUCGACAUAUCAUAAGAAUUCGGCAGCUUUUAAUAACAAACGGAAUGUUAUAAUAUGAUAGAGUAGAUCUGAUCGAUGAUUCAAUUCUCAGCGUUAAGCACUAAAUGAGUGAUAGUAAAAAGCCUUGGAAUGCAGUUUUAUGUGCGGGAGAACGACGAAAUAUUCGAAUAUACCAGUGUCUUAUAGUUUUAGGGAUUCGUAACAAAUACUUAUAUGAUCAUCGAGUUUAAACCACACCCACACACACCACAUUCACCCGACCGCCAUUUUGUUUUUAUGUAUUUCUCUCAUCUUUCGUUUGUUUCUGUACAGAUCUUCUCUUAAACCAAAGACGACACAUUUAUUUCCUUGAUCAAAACAUGUUUAUAUUAUCUAUCUAGUUGAUAAUGUCUUAUUUUAGUUGUUUGUUUGUUUUUUUCUUCAUUUAUAAUAUGUAUGUACACACACACACACACACAUCACAGAAUCUUUCCCGCGUGAACUCUCAACUUCUAUUUAUUCUCAUCGAUCAACAAUCAAUGCAAAGCAAUAUAUACAACACGCACGAGACAAGUUUAUGUACAAAUCAACAUUGACAUCAUUACAUACGAUCACAUUUUACUACAUAAUUACCACAUUUUGACGCCUUUAUAUUUUGCCCCGGUUGAUACAAUUUAGUUGUCUAUUGAUAGAUCUGUAUAACGAUAGCUCUCCGUACAUGUACGGAUGUAUUUUUUCUCUUUUGUUUAUAAUACUUUUGCGUGCGCAAUGACAGACAGCAAUUAACAAAUACUAACGAACAGAAAAACCGCUACAUUAAGUAAGUUUAUUUCGAUGUAUUAUAUGCAGUAUGAUACUCAAUAUAAUUAAAAAAAUA